CUCCUUGGUCAAACAUGUCGGCAACGGCCUUUGAGUGAUCGACAUUCAAGAGAGCAGAGCGAGGCGAGGCGAAGGCGAAGGCGAAGGCGAGGCGAUGAGAACCGUCGCUAAUGGAUGCUCCUAUUUGCUGCUUCCUUCUUCGCGGAUAUCUUUCCUGCGCGUUUCCUUCCUCCACAGAGGUCGGUUCGGGAGCUUCGGUGGCCGCUGGUGGAAGACUCCGCCCUCCGUCUGCUGCACGAUCUCCAAGAGCGACACGGUGGAGGAGGACCGACGACGCCUGCGCCAGGUCGAGGACUAUAAUACCGCCAUGAAGCGCAUGAUGAGGAACCCCUACGAGUAUCACCACGAUCUCGGCAUGAACUAUACUGUCAUUAAUGAUAGUUUAAUUGUGGGCUCCCAGCCUCAAAAGCCUGAGGACAUUGAUCACCUAAAAGAGGCAGAAAAAGUUGCAUACAUCUUGUGCUUGCAGCAAGACAAAGACAUUGAAUAUUGGGGAAUAAAUUUUCAAGCUAUUCUUACCAGAUGCAAAGAAGUCGGUAUUCGCCACAUGAGAAGGCCGGCAACAGACUUUGAUCCAGAUUCAUUGAGGAGUCAAUUGCCAAAAGCAGUGUCUUCACUGGAAUGGGCAAUAUCCAAGGGAAAAGGGAGAGUUUAUGUCCAUUGUACUGCCGGACUCGGAAGGGCACCUGCAGUGGCAAUUGCUUAUUUGUUUUGGUUCUGCAACAUGAAUCUCAAGAUGGCCUAUGACAAUGUUACUUCAAAACGACCCUGUGGCCCUAACAAGCGAGCGAUCAGGGGAGCAACCUACGACCUGGCUAAGAAUGAUCCUUGGAAAGAGCCAUUUGAGACCUUACCUGAGCAAGCUUUUGAGGAUGUUGCUGACUGGGAAAGAAAGCUAAUUCAAGACACAGUUCGGGGGCUUCGUGGAACUUGAAGCAAAAAAUCAAUAUUCAUAUAUGAUUUUGUAAACUUCACAGAGAUGAAGUAUAUCAAAAUAAUGCCUUUGGGUGCCAGAAUAAAUAAAUUUAAUCGCUUCAUUUGGUACUCAAAUCAAAGUCUCAAAUUCACUUUGAUCUUUCUUUUGUAAGAAAAACAAUAUUCAUAUGACUGUUUCCAUAUUCAUUUUCUUA